AUGGUUUACGAGACUCUACCUCGUACAGUCCGGAUUCUUCUGUUAGGUGAACCUGGUGUCGGAAAAACUUCACUUAUACUGUCUCUAGUAACAGAAGAAUUCACUGAGCAUGUACCGCCGAAAGCUGAGGAAAUUACAAUUCCUGCCGACGUUACACCGGAACAAGUUCCUACUAACAUUGUCGAUAUUUGUGUUGCAGAGCAAACUGUAGAGCAAGUGGCAGAAGAAAUAGAGAGAGCCCAUGUGAUAUGCAUCAUUUUCUCUGUAGACAGACAAGAUACACUUAACAAAAUAGCAUCUUACUGGUUGCCACUUGUAAGGGAAAACUGCUCUGAUGAUUUCAGAAAGCCUGUCAUUCUUGUUGGAAACAAGAUUGAUUUAAUUGAUUACUCAGUAAUUGAUAAUAUCUGGGAUAUUGCAGAAGAAUAUCCGGAAGUUGAUAGGUGUAUUGAAUGUUCAGCAAAAUCACUUGUUAAUGUCUCAGAGAUGUUUUACAAUGCGCAAAAAGCUGUAUUACACCCUAUCAAUCCAAUAUACUGCAUUGAAGAACAAGAGUUGACAGAAAAGUGCAAAAGAGCUUUAACUAGAAUAUUCAAGAUCUGUGAUUUAGAUGGCGAUGGACUCUUAGAUGAUUAUGAAGUUACCAUGUUUCAAAGGAAAUGUUUUGAUUCACCUCUUCAAUUACAGGUCUUAGAUGAAGUAAAAUCUGUAAUUGCACAGAAUAUUGCCGGAGGCAUAGAAAAUGAUUGCAUAACAAUAAAAGGUUUUAUUUUUUUGCAUUGUUUAUUUAUACAAAGAGGAAGAAAUGAAACAACAUGGACUGUACUCCGGAAGUUUGGAUAUGAUGAAAGUUUAGAAUUGACCCAUAAUUACUUAUAUGCAUGUAUAAAAGUCCCCAUUGGUUGCACAUCAGAGCUGUCAUACAAAGGACAACAAUUUUUAACACAGUUGUUUGAGAAAUAUGACAAAGACAAAGAUGGUAUGCUGAACCCAACUGAGCUCAAGAAUGUAUUUUCCUGCUGUAAUAGAAUACCUUGGCAUAACUUGCGAUACACUGUGCCUACAAAUGACAAGGGGUUUUUAACACUACAAGGAUGGAUGUGUCGUUGGACAUUAAUGACAUUGCUGGAUUUGCAGAAUACAAGUGCCUAUCUAGCAUAUUUGGGUUUUAAUUUUUUAGAAAACGAAUCGCAAAAGGCCGCAAUACACAUAACUCGCGAAAAGAAAGUCGACAUUGCCAAAAAACAGUCCAGUCGUAAUGUUUACCAGUGUCAUAUCAUCGGUCCAAGGUCUUGUGGAAAAACAUCUAUUUGUAGGAGCUUUCUCGGUAUAGCCCAUAAGAAAAUAAAACCACAUGCUAAUGAACGAGGCGAUAGUAAUACAUUAGAGAACUGUUGUAUAAACACGGUGCUGGUGUAUGGUCAGGAGAAGUACUUAGUUUUGAAAGAAAUACCUAUCACACGUGUCUCAGAUCCACUGCAGCCGCACGAAGUAAACUGUGACGUUGCCUGUUUAGUUUACGACGUAGCUGCCAGCCGUUCUUUUGAAUAUAUCGCUAGGAUUUAUAUUAAAUACUUUGCCGAGAGUCAUAUCCCUGUUUUAAUAGUUGGAACCAAAGGUGAUGCUUUGAUAGCCAGACAAGAGUACAUCCUCCAGCCAGAGGUGUUCUGUAAUAAGUACCAACUGUUGCCUCCACAAUUCUUUAACAUUAGAGAAAAUAAACACGAUGUCUUCGUUAAACUCGCCACUAUGGCUGCAUUUCCGCACUUGAAGCACUUUGCCAGUCUGACGGGAGAAAGUUCUUCGUGGUGGAAAGCAGGUAUUGGAGUCGCCGCAGCAACUGUUGUCGGACUUGUACUCCUUAAGAUAUUCAGCUUCCAAAAACGUUAG